GAAUCCAAGGGUCCCGCCAGUGCUGACGAAACACUCGAGUUCCUGCGAGAAGAGCGCGGGCACCGGCCCUCUGGGAAAUGUGGUCUCAGCAGCAGCCACGGCCGAGUCCUCACAGCGCCCCGCUCGCGCGCACCCGAAACCACCGCCCCGGCAACUCUCAGCGCCCCGCCGGGUCGCCACGGGGCUACUUUCUGUGGUGUGGAACAUGUUCUUCUGAUGGAUCGCCAGAGCACAAGCCAGGUCUUGAGCUUGUAAACAAGAUAUUGCUGGCCAUCCCCUGAACCCCCCUAGACUGUUUGUUAUUUUAAUAGCUUGGCAUUCGCAGGACCCAGUCGAGGAAGAAGACAACAUGACCACUCGCCCAGCACCUCCACAUGGAACGGUGACAUUUAAGGACGUGGCCGUGGACCUCACCCAGGAGGAGUGGCACAGGCUGAACCCUGCCCAGAGGAAUCUGUACCGGGAUGUGAUGCUGGAGACCUACAGCAACCUCAUCAUCGUGGGCUGUCAGGUUGCCAAACCAGACGUGAUCUUCAAGUUGGAACAGGAGGAGGAGCCCUGGGUGGCACAGGAAGAAAUGUUUGGGCAACACUGUCCAGAAGUUUGGGAAGUUGAUGAACAACAGAUCAGGAAGCAACAGGAAACACUUGUGAGGAAAGUCACAUCCAUCUCUAAGAAAACGCUGAUUAAGGAAAACAUUGAAUAUAAAAAAAUGACAAAUAUAUCUCCUCUGAGCUCAGACAUUGUUAAUUCAAGGCAAAGCUUCUAUGAAUGUGACUUACUUGAUGAGGGCUUGGAAUAUAAUUUAAACUUACUAAAUUAUGAGGAAGGCUGUGUAAGAGAGAAAAAUUAUGAAUGUAGUAAGUAUGGGAAACCGUUCUACCAUUGCUCAUCUCAAGUUGCUUCCCCCUUUAAGUGUAAUCAGUGUGGACAAGACUUCAGUCAUAAAUUUGACCUCAUUAGACAUGAGCGAAUUCAUGCUGGAGAGAAGCCCUAUGAAUGUAAGGAAUGUGGAAAAGCCUUCAGCAGAAAGGAAAAUCUUAUUACACAUCAAAAAAUUCAUACUGGGGAAAAACCCUAUAAAUGUAAUGAAUGUGGAAAAGCUUUCAUUCAGAUGUCAAACCUUAUUAGACAUCAGCGAAUCCACACAGGGGAGAAACCUUAUGCAUGUAAGGAUUGUUGGAAAGCCUUCAGUCAAAAAUCAAAUCUCAUUGAACAUGAAAGAAUUCAUACUGGAGAAAAACCCUAUGAAUGUAAGGAAUGUGGAAAAUCCUUCAGCCAAAAGCAAAAUCUUAUUGAGCAUGAGAAAAUUCAUACUGGGGAGAAACCAUAUGCAUGUAAUGAAUGUGGUAGAGCUUUUUCCCGAAUGUCAUCUGUUACUCUACACAUGAGAAGUCACACUGGCGAGAAACCCUACAAAUGUAAUAAAUGUGGAAAAGCCUUCUCUCAGUGCUCAGUAUUUAUUAUACAUAUGAGAAGUCAUACAGGUGAGAAACCCUAUGUAUGUAGUGAAUGUGGGAAAGCCUUCUCUCAGAGUUCAUCCCUUACUGUACAUAUGAGAAACCACACAGCUGAGAAACCUUACGAAUGUAAUGAAUGUGGCAAGGCCUUCAGCCGGAAAGAAAAUCUCAUUACACAUCAGAAAAUUCAUACUGGAGAGAAACCAUAUGAAUGUAAUGAAUGUGGGAAAGCUUUCAUUCAGAUGUCAAACCUCAUUCGACACCAGAGAAUUCACACUGGUGAGAAACCCUAUGCAUGUACAAUAUGUGGGAAAGCCUUUAGUCAGAAAUCAAAUCUCACAGAACAUGAGAAAAUUCAUACUGGAGAGAAACCCUAUCACUGUAAUCAAUGUGGAAAAGCUUUCAGUCAAAGACAAAAUCUCCUUGAGCAUGAAAAAAUUCAUACUGGAGAAAAACCAUUUAAAUGUAAUGAAUGCGGUAAAGCCUUCUCUCGAAUCUCAUCCCUUACUCUUCACGUGAGAAGUCACACAGGGGAGAAACCAUAUGAAUGUAAUAAAUGUGGAAAAGCUUUCUCUCAGUGCUCACUACUCAUCAUACAUAUGCGAAGUCAUACUGGUGAGAAGCCUUUUGAAUGUAAUGAGUGUGGGAAAGCCUUCUCUCAAAGAGCAUCUCUCUCUAUACAUAAGAGAGGUCACUCAGGUGAGAAACAUCGAGUAUACUACUCGCGGUCCUCCCAGAACCGACCUCCACCAGCGCAGCCCGCGAGCCAGGCGGGACUACAUCUCCCAGAAGCCUCCGGGGCGGCCCCUGCCAGCCGGCUGUCCACGUGGGCCCCUCGGCUCAGAGCUGCACUCCGAGGUCCAGCUGCCCGGCCGGGCAUUACGGGCUGCGCCUCCCGGGACCAUCAGCGGCUGAGCGGCGGGUGCGCCCCGCUCCCGGGAGUCGCCCAGGCGCCGCUCCGCGGUCUGGACAGGACGGGACCGCAGCCCGGCGGCGCCGCGCGACCCCGGGCGCAGAAGACGGUGCCGCCCGGACUCCAGCGGGCCUCGCCUCGGGGCCGCUUUUUUGCGGGCUCCGCCACUUCCGGCCGAAGUUGGCCGCCCGAGAAUCCAGAAGAGGAGGGGGGAAGAGCUCCUGCAUCAAAAAUCAUGGCAGAGGCUUUGAAGUUCAAAGAUGUUGUCAUUUACUUAUCACAAAUGGAGUGGGAAUGUUUGCGCGCUGCUCAGAAGCGCUUGUACCGCGAUGUGAUGUUGGAGACUUACCACAACCUGAUCGCUCUGGGACUCUCUGAUUCUAAGCCAGAUGUAAUCUCCUUACUGGAACAGGGGAAGGAGCCCUGGAUGGUGAAGAGGAAGGAGACGGCAGAAUGGUGCCCAGAUUGGGAGUCCAGGAGAGAAACUCUGAAUGUAUCUAUAAAGGAAGAAAGUGUUGAAGUUAAGUCACCGCAACAGGAGUUAACAGAAACACUGACAAGCUCUCGCCUCGAGGGCCCAGCAGGCAGAGGUAACAGAGAAGUCAGACAGGAGGCACGGUGCACACAGGGCGGGGCAGCCUCUCAAGAAGGGGCCACCGCCACUGUCCACAGAGCUCCCCUGGCCUUUCACACGAGAGCGAAGUCCUGUGACUGCAAGGACUGUAAGGAAGCUUCUAAGAACCGAUCCCACCAGAUUCCACGCGGAAGAUGCCUUCGUCAGGAAAAAGACUCUAAAUGUGGAGAGUGCGGGAAGGCCUUUCCUAGUGGGUCAGACUUGAUGAAGCAUCAAAGAACUCACGAGAACAAAAAAAGUCACGAAAAGAAGGGUGCCUUAGUUUGUGAGCCUGAACUUCGAAAACGUCAGAGCGUGAACACUGGUGAGAAAUCGCAUAAAUGUAAGGAAUGUGGGAAAGGCUUCCAUUCCAGUGCACAACUUAGUAAACAUCAAAGGAUUCACAUUGGUGAGAAACCCUAUAAAUGUAAGGAGUGCGGGAAGGCCUUUCCAUCUAUCUCACAACUUAACUUACAUCAGAGAGUUCACACUGAUGAGAAAUACUAUGAAUGUAAGGAGUGUGGGAAAGCCUUUACCCGCCCCUCGCACCUUUUUCGACAUCAGAGAAUCCAUACUGGUGAGAAACCCCACAAAUGUAAAGAGUGUGGGAAAGCUUUCCGUUAUGACACGCAGCUGAGCCUGCAUCAGCUUCUCCACACGGGGGAGAGACGCUAUGAAUGCAAGGAGUGUGGGAAAGUGUACAGCUGUGCCUCACAGCUGAGUCUCCAUCAAAGAAUUCACACCGGUGAGAAACCCCAUAAAUGCAAGGAGUGCGGGAAGGCUUUUAUCUCUGAUUCCCAUCUUCUCCGCCAUCAGAGUGUUCACACUGGUGAGAAGCCAUAUAAAUGUAAGGAGUGUGGGAAGGCCUUUCGUCGAGGCUCAGAACUUACUCGACACCUCAGAGUCCACUCAGGCGAGAAGCCCUAUCCCUGUAGGGAAUGUGACAUGGCCUUUACUUGUAGCACAGAGCUCAUUCGACAUCAAAAAGUUCACACAGGUGACAGGCCCCAUAAAUGUAAGGAAUGUGGGAAGGCUUUUAUUCGAAGGUCAGAGCUCACUCAUCACGAGAGAAGUCACAGUGGUGAGAAGCCCUACGAGUGUAAGGAGUGUGGGAAAGCCUUUGGUCGUGGCUCAGAACUGAGUCGACACCAGAAAAUUCACACUGGUGAGAAGCCCUAUGAGUGUAAGGACUGUGGGAAGGCCUUCCUCCGGGGCUCCCACCUUACUCAGCACCAGAGGAUCCACGCAGGGCAGAGGGGUGAAUGAGCAAAUGUGGGGUGACUCAGAAUUUAAAAUCCAUCCUAGUAAGACACAAGUAAAGCCCCUGAGAUGGAAAGAAUGUGGGAAAGGGUUGGAGAAUCACUGUGUCACGAAAGAAUUUUUUUGUUACUAGUGAGGAAAUUUGUAAGUGUUAGGAGUGGAGAGGGGUUUGUGUGUGCUCUGGAAUUUAUUAGCUAUCAGUUCAGUUGGUGAAUAAUGGAAAAACUCCAUGAAUAUAAAGAAAAGAAGGUUUAAGAAGCAGUAAAUGUAGUAGUGACAAUCAUUAGCUAUUCUGGGAGAUGAGAAAAUACAUGUUAUAUCUGAGAUGCCAAUUUACUUGAUAUUCAUCUGGUAACUCACCCUUCAGGAAGGCUCUAUUAAUGUAAAAAAAAAAAUGCAGCAAAUUCUUCCUUUUCCAUUCAAAUCUUAAAUAUUUGCAAGCUUAUCCACUUAGAUUAACCAGAGAAUAGGGAGAAUUAAACCAAGGUCAGGCCCUUCCUUGUCUUCCACUGUAACUAAAGUCUUGGGAAAAUUUAAUUCUUUAACUGUUCUCAUUUACAGUCAUAGUAUUAGUUCCACUAAUUAGUAUUUCUUAGUUGCAUUGUGAAGGUUAAGUAAUUUUAUUUCCUAGAGCAGUGUCUGACUCACACUGACAGUAUGCUAAAUAAGAACAUUUUGCUUUCCUAAUUGCACAUUAGAAAUCAUCUGAGCGGGAGACUUUAUGUGUGCUGUCAAGGUAGGUAAUAUCUUACAUCAUCUUUUUCAUUAUUGAAUGUUAGGUAAUUCCUUUGGAAGAAAAACUAAAAACUUAAUCUUUUAUUCAUACCUUGCCCUUUUGCCUCAUCAGGGGAUAGAGAAUCUCAAAUAAAAGCAGGUUCCUGUGAGGUCAAUGGAAAGAGUUAGAUGAUUUAUUUAAACCUUUCAUCAAGAGGCCAUGAUGUCUGAUAAAUGAUGCAGAGCAUUAGAAAAUACAAAAGCCUUAGCUGAAAUUCAUUUCUCUGUGAGAAAAUUUAAAAGAGAGCUGUGCGAAUUUCAUGUUAAAAAGGAAAAUUACCAUCAAGGAUGAAGGGCCAAGAGCAAACUGCAUGUUGAGGUUUGUAGAGUAUGACUGAGCUACAGACACAGAGGUGAGCACCUCUGAAUGAGUGCAGAAGACAGCAAGGAAGGGCCAUGAAAAGCUAACCUUCGCCAACACAUGUGAAGGCCAGGAGUCAGUCUGGCCUCUCUAUUUGGUGCUCUGCCCAUUCCUGGUCAGUGACCAGCAAAUAUUUGCUGACUGGGAGAAUGAGGAUGAAUAAGCAUUCCACUCAAGCGCCAACAAAGUAAGUGUGGAGCCAGGGGGUAAAAGCCCUGGAAGAGAUUGCACCCUACUGCACCCUCAAAAGAGAAACUCCAGCAUGACACAAGAGCGGAGAUUUAAAGCCAGAGGCGCUACUGUGACAGACACGGCUGGUGUCCUCUCGUGGCCAGGAUGGCCUGCGCCCGAGUCUCACACCUGAUGCUCGCUCUCCUACCUUGUGUCACAUCCGGACAAGAGUGCCAGGUGCUGGGCACAGAUCAGAGCUAAAUCCACAAUUUUCUUUCCUGACAAAAUAGAAGGAAAUGACCCUAGAAGACAGGAUGCAAAUCUGUAAGUCUCUUAAGUAACUGGAGCUGUGGAUGUUGUGCAGCUAGAAGGGCAAGAGGCUGAGGGUGGCCCCGGGGGACACUGCACCUACCCGAGUCCUUGAUACCGCUGAGCUGAGAGAGCCAUUCCAGCUGGCGCUUCCGUAGAGUAUGACAUAGCAACUCCACGUGCACUGUUAUUUAUACUCCACUUUUCAUACUAUAUCUGAGUCUUGGGGAAAAUAUUUUCAUGUAUUUACACACAGGUUGUCUACUUUAGUUAAUGGAGACUUUAUAUUAAGCUUUUACAUAGUAUAGCUGUAAUUGUAGAAAAGCAUCUUAAAUAGUUUCGUAAGUUUAUACAUGAUGUAUACACAUACUCAACUUUGAUUUAGUAAGAUGUAGAAUGUUGGUUACCUUCAGCCUUUUUACAGUAUUCUGAUAUCCUGGAAAAGAAUUUUCCUGAAUGAAGAAAGAACAAAGAAAAAGGGAACUACACUGUCUGUCUAAUUCCUCUAGUACCAGAGAGUGGUACAGAUAAAUCUUCUAACUCUUCAAGAUACAGAGUGACAGCUAGCAUAACCCUUCUACCAAAUUUGGAAAAGGACAGUAGCCAAAUCAGGUUAGUUAUAAAAAAUAAUUCCUUAUCCUUCUUUGGUGGUUUUCACAAUUAAAAUAGCUAGUAAAACCUAGCAACUUCUUAAAAGAAGAAAAGUUUUUUU